CACCCUGACUCUGGGGUGCCCCUCAGGGCACUUCUGACCCCAGGGUCACUGCUUACAUGAAGGGACUCAAGGAGACCCCAGCCUCUGGAAAAGGGGAGGUGGGGACAGUCUUGAUCAAACCCAAGAUAAGACCCUCUGCACACCCCUUAAGCAGGGAGAGGGGCAGGUGAUGGCCAGGAGCUCCUUCUGGGCGGUUAUUAGAAACCUGCUGCUGGGUUUGUGUCUGUGUAGUCCUCUGCUGUGGUGCUUUUCCCUGGAGCGGACUCUCUUUGUGCUGGGUGCCAGGGAGAUGCCCUGUCGCCUCGGGGGGCUCAGAGCGUCACUGCUUAGAAAGUCCUUGGCUUUCCCUCCAAGGCUUUUGCUUCUUUCCUCAACCACCUGGACACUGUGUCUCAGCUUGUGUGUGCUUUGGGACAGCUGGGUCUGACGGGUGUCAUCCUGGGGAGCCGGGCUGUGCGCUAGGCACCUUGUGCCCCUCAAAGAAGGGAGGGGGUGGACUUGCCAUGCUUGGAAAGAUCGGGGAUGUUGUCCUGGUGCCAUUUCCCACUUGUCUGUUGGGUUGGGAAUGAACUUUACGGGGUCAGUACUAUCCGUGGUGUGACUGUGGGUGUGACUGAAGUGUAUUUGGCUUCCAGAGCCCUUCCACUACACUUCCCUCAUCCUCAAAACCGCCCCAGAAUGUAGAGUAGGGAAGACCUUUGCAUUUGCAAUCUCCUGGGAAGGGGAUGGGGUGUGGAGGUAGGUUGGAGUAGCCCCAGGGGGAUGGGGGUGACAGGACUCAGGCUUCCCGGGUGCCCCGCUUGUAGCCCCCCAGGCUACAAUGCCUCGGAUUUCUCUUAUGCUCCAUGGAGGCUGAUGACUAGGGAGAUGCGUGCGCAGCCACCAGCUUCCAGCAGUAGCCGACAGAGCUGGGAGCCCCCCUGCCACUGGAAUAAGUCCUUCUUCACUGUCCUGUGGAGGGACAUCGGAGUUGUUCCAGGCAGGUCUUGCCUCAUCGAUGUAGAGGAGACGUUGAUUUCUUUCUUAGGCUUUAGGGUUGGGGGUAAAAGACAAUAUGGGAAGCUGACAGACUCUGAGUCUUUGCAGAGAAUGGCAGUGAAUCCAAGGCUCCCUCUGCCUCCAUCCUGCUAUAAUGCCCCGGCCACACACAUUGUAUCUGCUGUUAGGCCCAGUGUGGGCACAACCCAGCUGGAAAGGGCUCUGGGCACAGGUUGGGCACAUGAAAUAAUAUUGAGCACUUUCUACAUAACAGCAAUGUAUUGAAUACUUAAGCCUCUCAAAGCUUGGGAAAGUAGAAUUUAUUUCCCUAUUAUAGGGUAAUGAAACUGAGGCUAGUGAUUUGCUCAAUAUCAAUCAAGCUAGUUUUCUGCAAAACAUUAGACAAUGGGAGAUUACUCUCUCCUCUCUCCUAAGGAGAGUAUGAAGUGGCAGGGACAAGAAGGGUUCCAUUUUAAGAGGUGUUCAGAGAAGGCUGGGCUGAUAGGCUGACGGUGAGAUUGUACAGUGGGUGUUACUGAGCAGGGGUGGCUAAGUAGUUGGAUCUUAUUUUACAAGAAUUACAGUUGAAGGGCCCAAGGGCAGACCCUUCAGGGAGAGCAGAGCUGGGGCUGGUGCAGCGAUCCAGGGAGAUGAUGGUGUUGUGGACCAGUGGGGUAAGGGUGGAGGUGCUGAGUGGCCAGCUCUAGAUCUAUCUUGAAGAAUCCAGACAAAUUGGAUGGGGGAGCUCAAGUGUGGUUCUAAACUGGGGACAAAGGUAAGAGGGGAAAGCAGCUUCAUCACUGAGUCUUCCUCUCCACUGUAGGUAAAUGUUAUGACUUCUAUCACAGAUGAGGGAGGGAGGCCACUCAGGGCCAGGAAUGACCCCUAAAGCCAUCAGACGGGAAGACAUGGAGCAGGAAUUGAAACCCUGGAAUGUCUUCCUCCAAAGCCCAUUCCAAAGACUCCUAAGGCUGGGUGGGUCCCUGAGAAUCCCUGUGGUGGUCUUGGAGGCAGAGAGACCCCAAGGCAGCUCCCACAUGUGUGGUAUGGAUGUGGAAAGAGGGCCUGAGGAGGAGAGAAGCAGAGCUUCAAGAUUCAUUCAUUCUAAGGACAUUGGAACUCUGAACAUUGUCACUGUGGGCGCAUUGGGGAUGGGAGAGGAGCUCACAGCUGCUUUCCCUGGUGUUAAAAAAUAAACUGAAGCACUUUAUAAUUUUUAAGAAUUUGAGCACACAUGAAUUUGAAUUAGGAAACACAGAAACCUCAGUUGUUAGGAAUACUCCACUGACAGGAUCCAGUGUCAAGGUGUAUAUAGAGAAGACGUGGAAACAAAUCAAAGAACUUAUUUGAAUGAUUAUAGUUUAAGCAGUUAUCUUAAUUGGGAAAGCUUAAUUGCCUAUUUGUAAUUGGUGCAUAUGCAGGCUUUCAAAGCAUUAGAGCCUCCUCAGUCCAAUGGCUCUUUGUGUAAAUAUUUAAUAAUUCCCCCUUCUUGGUCAUCCUCUCACACAAGACAGACUAACCUAAAAUUGGGUAUUAGUGCUGCUCUUGGUUACCAUUAGGGUUAAGCUGUUCGUCUCUUGUUGUGAAACUCAUAGGUAAUGAAGUCAGACACAUUAAAAGAAUCAUUUUUGCUGUUCAUCUAUUCAUCUUUUUUCCUGUUUCUCUAAGUGCAGUGAGACCAUCUGAUAUACUGAUAAUGUUUGUGGACAUAUAUUUAAGACCCUUGAGAGAAUACAGCACACCAGGGAGACUACCAUGCUAUCAGGAGGAUAAUAGCAAGAGACUGAAGUAUGUUCUUCAUCAUUUUUGAAAUUUCUCCAAAAGAGUCAGUCUAGAAGUUGAGUUGGUAGUUCGUUACAAUUCAUUCAACUGAUCUCUUAGUAAUGAGAAUAGGUCAGUUCUGUUAAACAAUGAUGUCUCAUUCUCAGUGAUAGUUUUGCAGAUGGACACUCAAAGUUAGACUUAUACUGUGCGAGUAGUCGGGUAUUUAAGAAGAGGCAUUUCUAUGGAAACAAAAGAAAAUGGCUUAUGGUUGGAGCCAUGGUUCUGGCUUAUGGUUCUGGGUCCAGAGAGCAGCCAGUUGAGAAGAUUUCCAGACAUUAGGCUUCUAGAUGUGGGCUCAAAGCAUCUUGUAUAAUUUGAAUGUCUCUGGUGAUGUCAUGGGGCGUUUAAGUGAUUAUUCUGAGUGACUUAUUUGUGUUUGAGCCAUUGUGUUGAUUUCUGUGAGGUUUAUAUCAAGUUAUUCAGCUCAGUUUACGGGGCUUUAGAAAAGGACAGUUUUUGAUCUUUGUAAUUUCAAAACAAAAGGGUGAAAGAAAAUAAAAAACAUUAGUUUGGAAAGUUGUAGACAGAUAUUGGAGGAAAAUGGAAGAAAUUAGGAUCCAUUUUACAAGUAAGUAGAUAACACCACCUCAAAAACAAUAAAAAGGUCUAGAUUCUGAUAUCCAUGAGAAUGUGUUAUUAUUCUCUACUGAGUUUGAAUUUUUCUUUCUACAAUUGCCCCAAUUUCUAGCAAAAAUAAUCACAGUAAGACUAAGUUGUUUGCAAAAUCACCCUAGUCUCAUUAAACUGGUUUGAUUAUUUGCAUAAGUGAAGCAAGAAUAGUGAUUUUAUGUGUAAUCUCAAAUAUGGUAUUCCAAUGAAAACUUUGAUGAUACUUAAGGGCAUAUCCAUGCAGUACUGAGUGUGGUAUAUUCUGUAACUCUAAUGUCAAGACACAGUGAUAACAAGUGUUCGAGCUCUGCCCUGGAAUCAAUAGUGCUCAGUUCUCUACUCUCUUGAGAUUCUUUGGGGGAAAAAAGAUAAGUGGGCUUUGAAUCACUUGUAGAGCAGAUUUCUGUUCUCAUAAAGACUCAAUUUAUAACAUAACAGCUUUUUUAAUUGUACAAAGAAUUGGAUUGCUGUCUGAAUGAUACCAGAGGGUUAACUCAUCCUGAUUACAUUAUCCCAAUUUGCUUCUCUUUAUCAGGGAGAUUUUCUCAACAUCAUCACCAGUGCUUGUUAUCUCUGGUCUUUCUAAUGAUAGCUAUUUUAAUAGAUUUAAGGUGAUAUCACACUGUGAUUUUGUUUUAAACUUCCCUGAUUAGUGAUGUUGAUUGAGCACCUUGUCACGUUACUCUUGACCAUUUGAAUAUCUUUUUCAGAAAAAUGUCUCUUCAGGCUUUUUACCUACUUUAUUGGAUUUUUGCCCCUGCACAUAUUUAAAAUAAUUGUUUUGUCUUUUUCUAAUAAGUGUGUUGCCUGGGUUCUUCAGGGAUGGUUUCUGUAAAUUUAUAUAGUUCCUUUAAAUGAGCAGUGUUUUCCUAUUUCUUUGUAUGUUUUGUGAUUUUGUUGUUGUUGUCGUAGAUAAUUGGGUUGUGAAUUAUUAUGUAACUCUAUAAAUCAGAAGUCCACAUUUGUUUGAAGGCAUUUUUGGUUUUGUUUGUUACUAUAUAAGUGUAUAGCAAUCCAUUUGUUUUGAGACUUUUCCAAACUACUUUUAUAAAAAAUAUUCCUUGUUGGGUGUGAUCACUGGAUUGUCUUCCAUUCUGCUUAACUUCUGCUAAUAUUUAGACAGAGAUUUCCUUGAAUACCAGGAGAUGAAACAAACAUAAAUCCACCACAAAAUUUUUUUCAAAAAGAAAGAAAAAACACAGAGAUUGACCACCUCACCCAAGUUUUGAAGAAUGAUUCUGUGCAUAAAGGAACUAAAGUGGAAGCCAAUAGGAAUGAGAAGCUGAAAGUAGGGACAGAAGGGAGCUGUGACUUUCCUUGCUGGUUGAAGCACGAUGACACCAGAACAGGACUAUCCUGGGCCUGUUCCAGCCCCUCCCGUGGUAGUGGGGCUCGAAAAGGUUUUCUGUAUCCAGAGUGGCUCAGCUUUGCAGGCUGAUGGGAAAGAAGAAAAUAAAAUAGUCUGAGUAACACAUCUCUGUGGCUGAGGACAGGGUUCCCACUAAUGUGUUGGUCAGAAACUGCAAAAGACUCCUGGAAGGACAUUUACACCUUUGUGGAGAAAAUGGUGAAGAAGUACCCAAAGUAGGCUUGUGUUUCCCUCUGCCAGGCAGAGUACACAGCUCUUUGGCUCGGUGGGCAUGGGCAUCCCUCGGGUCAGGAGCACAGAUCCCAGGGCAGUGUCUUAAAGCAGGAAAGAAGAUCAGAUCACAGUCUUCCAUUGGGUCAUGGCAACUUUGGCUCCUGCCUGAGAGUCAGGCCAUAAUGCUGGGGAUAUGGUCUGCCCUUGAGGACUUCACGGAUUAGGAAACAGGAAAACCACCCAAAACUGAGGGUGUCCUUCAUCACCUACUCCACAGAGGGCCACACGCUCAUGAAACUCACCUCAGACAAAAAUAAAAUCCGCGAUGGUCUUGCUGAGCUCCAGAACGUAGUGCCUACGGGAGCCACACACCUGCAGGAAGGAUUCAUAAAGGUAAACGAGCAGAUCGAAGAGGCAAACUCUGGAGGCCCAAGUACUUCCAACCUGAUAUUACUGUGACCACGGCUCCGAUACCAUCCACGUCACUACCAAUGAUUAAUUUUGAAGUCAACAAGGCUGUGAGGAUGAAGAGCACAGUGUAUUUUGUGGCUUACAAGGACUAUAAGAAAGAGGAGCUGAGGAAUAUUGUUCAGACGCCAUCUCAAGUGUACAAGGCAGAGCGGUUCCAGUCUCUGAACCGCAUGCUUAACUCGCUCGUGGGAAAUUCCUGUACAAAAGUUACAAGUGAGAUGACUUACUUCGUGUGUUUAAAAGGGUUGCUUCUUCAUUUGAAGUCCCUGGGGAUGGGGCUUGGCAUGACCUGCUAUUCCUGCAGACCGAGGGAAGGCAGCCUCAGCCCUGCAUCACACGUACCCUUGAAUGUUGCCUUUUCAGAAGACUACAGUGUACGGUACAGAAUACCCAGUUCCUAUCAAAGCAGGAAGGAUGAAAUUCUUUGCAGAUAUAAGUUGAAAGACAACAGUGUCUAUGAAAAAAAACCCUACCGUAUAAGUCAAAACAAUAUAUUUUGCCCAAGACACGAAUUUCAGAAGGAUGGAGAGGUGCUCCAGAGUGAUUACAGCCUGGACAAUGGCAAGACCUAUGAAGGCAACCUCAAGAUCACUGCGAUUUUCUGUGUGAGUGCCCAGGAUGAUCUGUUACAAAAUGUAGACAACCAGCCAGAGACCACGGUGCUCACAGUCGUCACAGCAGAGAUCACAGUAACCACCGCAGAGACCCCGCCGACGACCAUGGACCCCCUGACCACCACACAGUCCACCACGGAGCCCGUGACCACCAUGCGGACCACCUCAGUUGUCAAACAGGAGAGCACGGCGAACACAGACAUCCUUCCACAUCACUUGGGGCCCACAGGCAUCAGACCAAAAACCACACCGAAGGCCAUUGUAACCACAGUGCCCAUGGUUGUCACAGAGGAACGUACCCUUGACAAUUCUGUCGUAUAUGCACUGAUGAUCCUAACCUUGGGUGUGAUCGUUCUGGUACUCUGCUGCUUCUACUGCUGCCUGAGGCCUCGCAAGGAGCUACCAGCAGUGCAGAUAAUACAAAGGGACUCCAACAUGUGUACACACACAUGUACCAGGCUGACCCUCCCCUCUUGUAGGUUCCAGAGAACAACAUGAGACGGAUAGAGGGCAAACUGGACACCUUGUGUGACUUUGUUCAGUGCUAUAAUCAGAUGCCGUUGCUGUGGUAUCAGCCCAGGAGCAAGGUGUGCUGCCUGGGGAAGAUGCAGGCCCUUCCUUACCACUAUGUGCAUUUCCGGGAGCUAGAGGGGCCAGACAUGCUGUCGGAUGGCCGGUGUGCCCAGGCCGGCUCCAAUUGUCCGUGCUUCAACUUCAUCCUAGUGAACCCCCACUGCAGGCCAUGACUCUAUAUAUGAGAUAUAUCCAUAUUGCUCCCGCCAGGAUAACGCACCUGGUGUCCUCUGGAUGCAGACAUGGAUGCCUCCCACUCCCCACAGCUUGCUCUUCAUCGGUCGUGAAGGGCUUGGGUGUGUGGGCUUUGGGCCAAAUUUUGCUCUUUGGAAAAAGCCCAAAACAUCUUUGAAAUAUGAAUACAACCUCUUUCCCCACUCCCUGGCUGUUACUUAAUCUCUUGGGCAAGUUAUUUAACCUCCCAAUGCUUGUUUCCUCAUCGAAAAGAUGGGAAUAAUGAUGUUUCCUCUACCAGAUGGCCCUGAAGGGGGACAGAAGUCCCCAUUUAUUGACUGUGUAAAUGGCUACAUGCCAGAGGCUUAACACUUUAUUGCACACAAUUUUUACAGUAACUGCAGGAGGGAAGUUACAUGUGCAUUCACCCUCAAACUUCCAAAUGCCAAACACAGCACUGCCUUCCAGAUUCUUGAGACUGCUGUGGGUCUGGAUUCUUCCAAUUGCAGUUUUAGAUAUCCAUCCAACUUCUAGCUCUACCUGUGGUAUUAUCUAAGUCUUAAUAAUGGAAACAAAAGGAGGAAGAAAUCUGAUGAUGAAUAUUUAAUAGUUAUAAUGAGAAGGAGGAGAAGAAAAUGAUGUGGCCUGAUGUGGCCAGACGUGGCCUGUCCCCAAGGAGCCCAUGCCAGCCCCAGAUGCUCAUCUCUUGUCAAAGGACUCACGGGCCUUCCCCAGGGUCAACGUCAGACUGUGAGUCUCAUCCAGCUCCAGGCUUCAUGCACCUCUCCUGUGAUCCACCUCUCAGAUGGCCUGUGCGGGUACGUGAUGUCAUCUCCGGGGUCGGGUCAUGCCCUGGCCAGUGCGUUCUAGGUCAAGAACACAGCUGCUUGGUGCUGCCCCUCUCCUUCCUCCUAUGUGGACCUACUACUGCCUUUGCACCUGGAGGAUACACUCAGGACGUUCCAUGGAUCUAUGCAGCCCUUGUUCUCCUUGCUCCUGUGCCUGUUUAAGGGACCCUUUGCUGUCCCUCCGCGCUCCUCAAUAGCCUCAGUUCAUUCUGGGCUCUCACCCCCUGACACCAUCUGCUCGUCCUCGUCACUCUGCUGUGUGUGCCCUGAGAAGGGUUCUCUUGUCCUCCGUGGAUCUUUUCAGUGUGAGCCCAGCAAGACAGCCCUCAGAGUCACACAGACAUCUCUCAGUACCACUUCGUGGUCUUCCUAUUGAAAGGACCUGAUUUCAAUCCCAGACUCUCCAACCUUUCAUGAGCCCUAGGUCACAGGAUCAUGAAAUGAUGAUUUUUGAAACUCUAAAACUGAGCUCCCCAAGUUGACGGGGUAUCUGACCAUUCUGGUCUUCCCUAUCAUAGGGGUACUUCUCCCUUAUGUAGCCCAACCCUCCUGGGCUACAAAGCAGGGUUCUAGCGACCACCCUAGGAAGUGCUGCAUUGUGAGGAAUGAACCAUCAUGGACCCCAUUUCAUUAUUACCUAUUCCAAGGCUCUGGAGCUGUCCUGCCUCCUUGCCCUCCCCAAGCCAUUUCACUCAGAUAUGAAAUGGCAGGUCUGUGACCUCACAAUUCAUAGGUAUCAGGGAGCUUAACUACCCUUGGAGGGUUGGACUGCAGAAGGUAGAAAUGCUGGAAAUUAAAUGGAAUGGUUUCUGAUUAGGCUAAGUUUGUACCAAGGCUUGAAAAAUCUUUUCCCCUUUAGUGAAGGAAGAUAAAUAGGGAAGUAAAGUCUCACAUAACUGAAAUUGUUGGUGCAACUGCAGUCAGGUAUGUGGGUUGGUGCUUGCACUGAGCCAGGGAUGCAGAGCAAAUAAGAUUAAGGACAAGAAAAUCCUGGAGGAACUGAAAGGAAAACCAGCCCUGAGUCAAUCAUUCAAUAAAUGACUUCAGUCAUUCAGUAGAUGUUCUGUGUGGCCUGAGAGCCUGGUCUGCUCCCACCCAGGCAUGGGAGCUGAGUGCAGCUCCAGAAACCCUAUCUAGAACACUUGGAAGCUGCACAGCCAACAACACUUGAGCAGAGAGUACAGCAAACAGACCUGAUCAUCUGCAGAGAACAGCCAGAGGCACCAUUUGGUCAGCAAACUUUGGGGAGCAAGUUGAUGCUUGAUUUAAGACCACAAAGAGUUCUGGCCUGGGAGCCUAGUUCUCAUGCUCUGCUUAGUCAGGGAACUAAUUCAUAGUCCCCAACCCCACCCAACACACUCUGCUUAGUGAGGCUCCAGGCCCCUCCUGACCAGAAAGCCUGACCACGAAUAUCUGCAGGACUGCUUGGAGCUGCCUCUCCUAGUCUGCCCAGCCAGUUCAUUCACUCAUUCAUAGCCCCACCCACUGCUAAGCCCCAGCCCACCCAUAGCUCCUUGCCCACUUAACCAGAAAGCCUAGCUGAAUCCUCAGGAAACUGCACAGACCAGCAACACUUGAACAGAUGCUCUGGUGUGCACAGCUGGUCAUCUGCAAAGGAAAGCUAGUGACACCUUUUGCCCAAGGAACUUCUGGUGUAGGGUUGAAUUGAGCCAAGAGCACAAAUAAAGCCUUAUGGUCUUGUAGCUGGUUCUGUGGCUCUGCCCAGGCAAGGAAAUUCAUCCACAGUCCCCACCUGUUCAUAUAGCGUUCAGCCUCCCCUUCCAUGGAACCUAACUGGGGCACACAGGAGACCACAGAAGCCCCCCAGCAGCCAUGGCGACGGUGACACUUCAGCAGAGAACACAGCCCAUGGUUCUCCCCAUCUACAGAGCAAGACCCCAGUGACCCUGUCUGGCCAUGGAAUUCAGUGCAUAGUCUUUCCUGCUUCAUAUCCCCAAACAAUGAGCUGUGCUGACCCUAGACCUAUUCUACUCUCACAUCAGGGCAGGGAAACUGAUUCACAGCCCCACCUACUACAGCAUAUAGUGUCAGUCCCAAUCCUCCAGUGAGCCGGACUAGAGAACCCAGGCAACUGCAGCCCUGUUCCACAGUUUCAUGUGGGGAGAUCACUAAGCCCAUGGUUCUCAGCCACUAGCAACAAACUCCCGACCUCAGAGCACAGUCAGCGGCCCUGCCCUAAAAUAGACUCUGAUAACAAGCCUCACCUGUCUAAGGACAUGACAGCAGACACAUUCAGAAACCUGAACUGCACUGUCUGUUGAAGAACUAUCUGUGCUGAAGUGAACCAGUAAAGUCUGGAAAAGGAGAUCAUUUACUCCAACAUGCAGAUAUCAACAUAAAAAAUGAAGAAUCACAAAAAAAAAAAAAAUCAGGUAAACAUGACAUCACCAGAGGAAACAAAUAUAUAUAUAACUCUAAUAAC